CGCGGCCGGCGCCGUGCGUGCUGACGCCGGCGGCGCGUCUUCCCAGCAUGCAGUGCGCGAGUGAAGAUGGCGGAAGGCGGCGCGGCGGAUGUGGAGACGCAGAGAGGAGAGAUCGCGACGCUCCUGAAGACGCCGCUGCGCAGAGCCGACACCUGGUACCUGGUGGACAGCCGCUGGUUCAAGCAGUGGAAGAAGUAUGUGGGCUUCGACAGCUGGGACAAAUACCAGAUGGGGGACCAGAGUGUGUACCCCGGACCCGUGGACAACUCCGGCCUGUUCACAGACGGGGAUGUGCUGGGUAUCCGGGAGCACCUGAUUGAUGAGCUGGACUACAUCCUGCUGCCGGCUGAUGGCUGGAACAAGCUGCUGAGCUGGUAUGGCCUCAGAGAGGGACAGCAGCCCAUCGCUCGCAAGGUGGUGGAGCAGGGCAUGUUCGUCAAACACUGUAAGGUGGAGGUGUACCUCACCGAGCUCAAGCUGUGUGAAGACAGCGACAUGGAGAACGUCGUCUCGCGCCGCUUCAGCAAAGCAGACACCAUAGACAGCAUCGAGCGGGAGAUGCGGAAGCUGUUCAGUAUCCCGGACGAGAAGGAGACGCGGCUCUGGAACAAGUACAUGAGCAACACCUUCGAGCCGCUCAAUAAACCAGACAGCACCAUCCAGGACGCAGGGCUCUAUCAGGGACAGGUUCUGGUGAUCGAGCAGAAGAACGAGGACGGCUCGUGGCCCCGCGGCUCCUCGGCGCUCAAGUCAUCUGGUGCUUCCUCUCUCUCUGCUUUACCAAAGAUCUGCCCUUCAUCUCUCACAAACAAUCAUAACAGCAGCUUCAGCGGCCGCAACGUGAAGAGCUCCAGCUACAGCCUGCCGUCCUACCCGCCCUACAGCAGCUACGAGAGCUCGGAUCAGGGCCGGCGCUGCGAGAGAGUGGGUCUCUGUGGCCUGUCUAACCUGGGGAACACCUGCUUCAUGAACUCGGCCACACAGUGUCUGAGCAACGUCCCACCGCUGACCCAGUUCUUCCUGAAGGACCAGCACCAGGUCGAGUUGAACCAGGACAAUCCUCUGGGCAUGAAGGGCGAGAUCGCCAAGGCCUACGCAGAGCUCAUCAAGCAGCUGUGGUCGGGCAAAUACAGCUACGUCACGCCGCGCCCCUUCAAGACUCAGGUGGGCCGGUUCGCUCCUCAGUUCUCUGGCUAUCAGCAGCAGGACUCUCACGAGCUGCUGGCCUUCCUGCUGGACGGACUGCACGAAGACCUCAACCGCAUCCGCAAGAAGCCCUACAUCCAGCUGAAGGACGAUGACGGCCGGCCCGACAAGGUGGUGGCAGAGGAGGCCUGGGAGAACCACAUCAAGAGGAACGACUCGAUCAUCGUGGAUAUCUUCCAUGGCCUCUUCAAGUCCACUCUGGUGUGCCCUGUGUGCGCCAAGAUCUCCGUGACCUUUGACCCCUUCUGCUACCUGACGCUGCCUCUGCCCAUGAAGAAGGAGCGGACACUGGAGGUGUAUCUGGUGUGGCUGGACCCGCUGGCCAAACCCACUCAGUAUAAGCUGACUGUUCCUAAAGUGGGCUGCAUCUCUGAUCUGUGCACGUCGUUGUCGGCUCUGUCGGGCGUCUCGGCUGAGAAGAUGAUCGUGACGGACAUCUACAACCACAGGUUCCACCGGAUCUUCAGCAGCAACGAGAACCUGAGCAGCAUCAUGGAGCGGGACGACAUCUUCGUGUUCGAGGUGACCGUUGGCCGGCUGGAGGACACGCAGCACGUGCUGAUCCCCGUUCACCUGCGGGAGAAGUACAAGCAGUCGGGCUUCAACCACACCAGCACGCCACUGUUCGGCCGACCCUUCCUGCUGAGUGUACCGCGCUCCAUCAGUGAGGACAAGCUCUACAACCUGCUGCUGCUGCGCCUCUGUCGUUUCAUUCGUACGGCCGCGGAGGACGAGGAGUCGGAGGAGACGCACUCGCCCAAGCAUCACUCCAUCAACGGCAGCGCCACCAACGGUAUAAUGGAGGAGGGCUCGCCGAGUGAGAUGGAGACGGACGAGCCGGACGAGGAGUCCAGCCAGGACCAGGAUCUGCCCUCGGAGAACGAGCGCAGCCCGUCGGAGGACUCGGUGAGCGCGGAGCACGAGCUGGAGAACGGCCUGCUGCCCUCCGAGAGGAAGAGGCUCUUCACGCUGCACUUCAACAACAUGGGCAAGAGCGACUUCAUCAAGGGAGAGGUCCGCUUCGACGAGGACCACACGCGGCUCAGCGAUAGAUGCUAUCUGUCCCUGGACUGGGAGCCGGACAUCAAGAGGAAGUUCUUCAACGAAGCCGCGGCCGAGGACUUCGAGAAGCACGAGAGCAUGGAGUACAAGCCGCAGAAGAAGAGCUUCUUCAAGCUGAAGGACUGCAUCGAGCUCUUCACCACCAAAGAGAAGCUGGGCGCAGAAGACCCGUGGUACUGUCCGCACUGUAAGCAGCACCAGCAGGCCACGAAGAAGCUGGACCUGUGGAGUCUGCCGCCGGUGCUGGUGGUGCAUCUCAAGCGCUUCUCCUACAGCCGCUACAUGAGGGACAAGCUGGACUCGCUGGUGGACUUCCCUCUGCGGGAUCUGGACAUGUCUGAGUUCCUCAUCAAUCCGAACGCGGGGCCGAGCCGCUACGACCUCAUCGCCGUCUCUAACCACUACGGAGGAAUGGGAGGAGGACACUAUACCGCCUACUCCAAGAACAAGGAGGAUCAGAAGUGGUACAACUUCGAUGACAGCAGCGUGUCGCCGGCCAGCGAGGAGCAGAUCGUGUCGAAGGCGGCGUAUGUGCUCUUCUACCAGCGGCAGGACACGGUCGCGGGCACGGGCUACUUCUCUCUGGACCGCGAGACGCAGCCGCAGGACGAGCCCAGCGCAGCCGCAGACGCCGCUCAGAGCGAGGAGGAGGAGGACGAUCUGAACGAUAACCAGCGGGAGGAAGAGCUCAGCCCCGGCCCAGACGUCAACAUGAGCAGCCACUGAGCUGAGCCUCAAAGCCAUACGGCCUGCGCAGACGGGCACGAAUGUACGCAGACGCCCGCUGACAGACAGAGCUUCUGCAUGAGUCGAGAGUGAGAGCCGCCACACUUUACAGCGCUUGAUUUGUUUUGUACAUCACACUGACCGGACUACUGACCGCUCGGUUUCCACUGCGUUAGUUUAGCGUCCUUCACCUCAGCCUUAACGGGGUCUCAGACCGCUGCCUUCUCUGCGCAGACCUCACUCGUAGAGGAGUGAAGAGGAGGCGGGUUUGAUGGAUGUUCUCGCUCGCUGAGCUGACCGCUGCGGUUGAUAAAUCCUGUACAUAAGAGUUCACUCUGUGAGUGCACAUUUGAUAAAUCUAUUUAUUUAUACGGAAGGCAGAGCGUGGACUGACUGCGACCGGAUCCGUCUGCGGGACGCCCCAUCGCCCGAGGGUUUUUUAAAUCGAACUGACGUCCUUGCAUGAUUCGGGGACUUCCUUUAGCUGCACUUGAGUUCACUUUGGUUUACAUUUGAAAUGUGCAUGUGUAUUUAUAUACGGACUUCAAUAAAUUUGAGUAAAGUCCGGUGUUGCGUUGGUUCCUGUGCGUCGAGCGCUAGCCGCAUCCCUCAUCACGGGGUGGGCUGAGAAGGUUGGUUUUUAAUUAAAUGCAAUGCAUAUUGUUUUUAUUAUAAACACUAUUGUUUUACUCUUAUUUUUCUUUUCAUUGCGAUAGAAAUCUUGGUAACACUUUACAGUGAGGUCCCGUUGUUUAACAUGAGUUAAUGCAUUAACACAGAGUUACUCAGAUCUUUAAAAAAAAAAGAACAUUCUAAUUUAACCCAUUAUUAUAAUUAUCUUACAAAGCUUUUGCCAAGUGUUUGAAAGAUAAAGUGAUCAAACAUGAAACGAUCUAGCUGCACACUAACAGUUUACAGUACAGCCCCGGUACUGAACGAGAUACUGCAUUAACUAGCAAUCAGCAGCGCCUUUGACACAGAAUUAAUCAUCUGAUCACGUUAGUUAAAGGGGUAGUUCACCCCAAAAUGACAAUUCUGUCAUUAAUUACUCGCCCUCAAACCCGUAAGACCUUCGUUCAUCUUCAACACAAAUUCAGAUGUUUGUGAUGAAAUCGCAGAGCUCUCUGACCGUCCACAGACAGCAACUCAGCUGAAAUGUUCCCAGGUCCAGAAACACAGUAAAUACAUCAGUAAAAUAGUCCAUGUGACAUCAUUUUACGACGGUAUGAGAAUACUUUUUUUUUUUUUUGCGCAAAGAAAACAAAAAUAACUAUUUACUCGAGCAUUCUUCUCCCCCGAGUUCCGUCGUCUGCUGUUUUAGAGGGUAUCACCACGCUUAUUACGCAGCUUUCGUUGAUGCGCGCUUCCCCCCCGAACGCAAACAACGCUGAGUACGUCAAACACGUUCUCUGGUACUCGCCAAAAUGGUGGAAGACGUAACUCGGGAACGACAUGAGGGCGAGUAAUUAAUGACAUUAUUUUCAUUUUGGGGUGAACUAACCCUUCAAUAGAAAUACAUCUGUUAGUUCAUUAGCUCAAGUCCAUUAAAUAUUACAACCUUUGAUUUUAGUAAUACACUCAUGGUCAGAAUUCUUGGCACCCUUGGUAAAUAUGAUCAAAGAAGGCUCUGAAAAUAAACCUGCAUUAAUACAAUUUAGCUAUAAUUUGAAGGGAAAAAAGCGGCAAUAGGCCUAAUGAUCAUUUAAAAUAUAAUUUGAAGAAGUGUUUCUUUCACAAAAUGAGGAUUGUAUAUAUAACUAUAAAAUAUACUCAACUGUUCUCCCUCUU